GAUCUGAUUUUCCAAAUUUUGUUUUCAAUUAUCUAGCUUUUGUGAAGGAAGGAUAUGGCGGACUUACGUGAUGAACAUGGAAAUCCAAUUCAGCUGACUGACCAAUACGGUCAUCCAGUGCAGCUGACCGAUGAGUACGGCAACCCUAUGCACCUUACUGGUGUUGCAACCACAGCCGGUUCUACUGCUCCACCUGUUUUUCCUACCGGCACUGGUGCUGCAUCAGUUGGUGAAAAAUUGCCACAAACAUCUAGCUAUGCUGCUCCGACAACUAUUGGUGAAAAGUUGCACGACACAACUGGGCUAGGUACUGGUGCUCCUACAAUUGGUGAAAAAUUGCACCACACAGCUGGCUUAGGUAUUGGUACUGGUACUGGUACUGGUACUGGUGCUCCUACAAUUGGUGAAAAAUCGCACCACACAACUGGCUUAGGUGCUGGUACUGCUGCUGGUGCUGGCUUAGCUGUUGGUACUGGGACAAUUGAUGAAAAGUUGCACCAGAAAACAACACAAUCGGAGCAACAGCAUCACAAGACGGAGCUUCACCGCUCUGGCAGUUCAAGUUCUAGCUCGUCGGAGGAUGACGGACAAGGUGGGAGGAGGAAGAAGAAAGGGCUGAAAGAGAAGAUAAAGGAGAAAUUAACAGGUGGUAAGCACAAGGGUGAGGAACCCCACGCCCACGCCCAUGGUAUUGGGACUGGAGCCACAACGACCACUACGAGUGGGAUGUCAACUACUGCUCCAGAGCAUGAGAAGAAGAGUAUGAUGGAGAAGAUCAAGGAGAAAUUACCCGGUCAUCAUAAUCAUCACUAGAUAAAAU